UGGCCUGUGACCUGUACCCCAGGGCCGACCCGGCACCGGAGCGGCCGACGGGGCUGGAGCCAUGGCCUGCAUCCGUCCUGAUGAGCCGUCCGAGUGGGACGCGCCGAGUCCGGCGGCGCCCCACAGGGAGGCCGGACACCGCAGUGUGGUCCAGAUUUAUACCGACUGGGCAAAUCACUACCUGGACAAGAGCAAAUGCAAGCGUCACAUCCGCAGCCUCCAGAAUGACGUCAUAGAUGGCGUCAUAAUCAGUGACGUUAUCGAAGCAGUUACGGGCCAGAAGGUGGUCGACAUCAACCGACGGCCCAGGAGCCGUGCUCAUAUGGCGCAGAAUGUGGACCUGUGCCUGGCACAGCUGAGGUCCCUCGGCGUCCCUGUCGACGACGUCCACAGCGACGACGUGGUGGACGGCAAGCUGAAGCCGAUCCUGGGGCUGUUCUUCCAGCUGUCGCGCCACAAACAGCAGCAACAGCAGCAGCAGCAGCAGCAGCAGCAGCAGCAGCAGCAGCAGCAGCAGCAGCAGCAGCAGCAGCAGCAGCGGCAGCAGCAGCAGCAGCAGCAGCAGCAGCAGCAGCAGCAGCAGCAGCAGCAGCAGCGGCAGCAGCAGCAGCGGCAGCAGCGGCAGCGGAAGCCACGAUCGGAUGUCGGAGCACACAGCGCCAGCCCAAAGACUCCCAGUACAGCCGGCAGGACGGGCAUCAGCUGCAUCCCCUCCGCUCGGGACCGGCACGCGGCCGACAAGACCAAACAGUCACUGCUGCAGAAGCCGACUUCUGCAGCGAGCAGUCGAUCGGCCAGUCCGAGCAGCGUAUCGGGCGGCUCUCGGACCCGGACGGCCGCCGGACAGAGAUCGGGGAUUUGGACGCCGCGUCUGGGCCGCGCCGCCACUGCCGCCGCCACCUCUACUCCGGCCAGUCCUGGCAGCAGUCGCGGCGCCGCCUCGGCCGCCGGCCAGUCAGUCGCCAAAGACAAGAGCAAGCGCAGGACAGGCGGCACCGUAAUGCAGCGGACAUCCAGUUCGAGUGGGCUCAGCUCUGGCCGCUCGGAGGUAUCGGACACGACCUCCACCGUCAACACUGCUGACACGUCCUGCGCCGGCCCGGCGGCCGCGGACUGCGGCUCGCUGUCGCGGCGCGGCGGCCAGCGCUCCCAGCUGCCGGCGCCGCAGCAGCGCUCCGGCGGCGGCGCCCAGCGGCGCAGCCUGGCCGGCAGCCAGUCCAGCCUGGCCAGCGGCUGCAGCGGCCCCACCACCAGCGCCAUACCGCAGCCGGCCGCCACCGCGCAGCCGAAGCCGCUGGUGCAGCUGCCGCGGCGCGGCCGGCCGGCAGCCGCCGCCAGUGUGGCGCUCGUCUCUCCGAUGCCGCAGACGACGGAGCCGGGAGGCGCCGAGCGGCGGCAGCCGACCGGCGAGGAGGCGGACCAUCGGCCCAGCCAGCGUGCCGACAAGGAGGUUGGUACGGAGCCGUGGCCGACCGAGCCGGAGGUGGCGGCUGCUGAGCAGCGCCAGUCGACCGAGGACUUGUCUGAGGUGCGUCCGAUGCCACCCAUCCUUCAUCUCAGCCAGUACGGCCUCAGCAGAGGCGCCGUGGCGCCACCCAGCCGGCAUCUGCACAGCCAGCACGGUUACGGAUAUAUGUCGGACACGGACGCGCUGCCCUCCGAGCCGUGCUGUGACUCGUCGGUGAGCGGCUACACGUCGGAGGACGGCCUGUACGCGCGCAGCGCCGCUCGGCCCCAGCGUGGCAGCAGCGGCGGCGGCCGGACGAGCGUGUGGCGCGUGGGAACACCGCCCGGCCUGGCCACCAUGGCGUCCGAUCGGCCGGCGUACUACUCGCACACCGAGCCGGCCGGCAGCGCGACCAGCCAGAAGGCGCCGCAUUCGGCCGAGUUCGGUGGCGCCGCCAGAGCCAGUCAGCCGGCCGCCCCCCACUUCCGGCAGAUAUCGCAGACGCAGUGGAAGCAGGCGCUGGAGGGGCGCGACCAGCGCCGGCUGGUCAGUGCGUCGCACGAGCCGCCGGCCGGCCGCCAGCACCGCGAGCAAAGCCAAACGCCGCUAGGACAACAGCCGCGCGAGAAUGGCACCAGUACGUCUGAGCCGGCAGUGACUGCUGCCGCCGAGUCGCCCGGCCUGAAGUUGUCACGCCAGAAGCUGCGCAAGUCUGCGGCCAUCUACACGAAACGUCCGAGCAGUCAGACGUCGGUGAGCUCGGCAGGCAGCGCCGGUCUGCCGCCCAAGGACCCCGAGCACCGGCCGCGCACCAAGGUGAAGGUGAGCGGCAGCACCCAGACCACGGCCGAGCUGGCCGGCCAGCCCGAGCAGCGCCGGACGCACCAGCUCAAAUCGUACAGCCUGACGGCGCCGGCCGCGCACCAGCUGGCGCAGGCGGUGCGCGAGCGAGUGCUGGCUGCCGGCACACUGCCCACGGCCGGCCAGCGGCAGCGCGCAGCCAACGUCUCCGACGGCUCUCUGAGUGACAGCAACUACAGUGGCUACGGCGAGCCGCGCCGGGCGCCCGCCCAGCGGCCCAGCUCCGCCUACACCACCUACGUGGGACAGCAGCUCGCCAAAACGCUCAGAGGCAGUAUGACCGAGGCCGAGUCGCUGGAGUCGGUGAGCUCCGGCGCGUCCGGCCUGCUCUCGCAGAGCCACUCGCAGCGCAGCGGCUCAUUGACGCAGGGCCGUCUGAUGGGCGGCGGCCAGUGGGAGGCGGGCCCGUCGCCGCGGCUCAGCCGCAGCAACUCGAUACGGUCCACCCGCUCUGAGAAGCUGAACUCUGGCGCGCUGCUGCGCGCUGGCUCGGCAGACGAGGAGGCCUACUACUCGGCGCCGGCGCCGGGCUCGCCCAGUCGGGCCAGUUUCCCGCUGUCGCCCGGAGCCGGCCGCAGCAGCUGUGGCGCGCGCGCCAGCAAAGACGACGACGCACACGGCUCGUCGCUGAGCCUAGUCUCUACCACGUCUUCCAUCUACUCAGCGCAGGAGGAGAAGCAGGCCAGUGACCACCGCCGGCUGAAGAGAGAGCUGCUCGAGUCCCAGGAGAAGGUGCAAACGCUGACCAACCAGCUGACCACCAACGCGCACGUCGUCGAGGCGUUCGAACAGUCGCUCACCUCGAUGACAAAGAAGCUUCACCAGCUGACGCUGAGUAGCGAGCAGAAGGACAAGGACAUGACGGAAAUGCGCAAACAGAUAGAGCGGCUGCAGCGCGCGCUGGCGGCCGGCGGUGGCGGCGCGGCGCCGCUCCUCCGGCAUGCCUCGAGCGAGAGCAUCUCGAGCCUGUCGUCGGCGUGCAGCGGCCACUCUCAGCAGAGCAGCCGCACGCCAGACAGCCCCGGCGCCAAAAAGAAGAAAAAGAAAGGCUGGUUCUCGGCCGCCCCGCAGAUCCGCAGCUCGUUCGGCAAGGCGUUCUCGCGGAGGAAGACCAAGGCGGGCAGUGACCUGGAUGAGGGCAGCGCUCCACCGUCGCCAGUGCUGGCCGGCCGGCCGGCUGCAGACAUCGCCGAUACACCCGGCCGGCCGGACGCGGCGCCGCCGCUCCGAGGGUGCGGAGCUGGCUCCGUAGAGGAGGACCUGCGCCGACAGCUGCGCGAAAAGGACACGGCCCUGACCGAUAUGCGGCUGGAGGCUCUCUCCUCCCACCAUCAGCUGGAGACGCUCAAAGAGACCGUCAGCCGCCUGCGCAAGGAGAUGGCCUGCCUGCGCCAGGACAACGAGCGUCUGCAGAGGCUAGUGGCCUCGCGCUCGGCCAACUCGUCUCGUUCGUCGCUAUCGGCCGAGCCGACCACCGAGCGGCCGGCGCCGGCCGACUCUCCCGGCGCUGGCAGCGACCACAAAGUGCUCACCGCUAGCGUGCGUCUCGACGACGAGGAUUUUGUCGUCGGCAACGUCACCGUAGCCAGGAAGACGAGCUGGCAGGUGCUGGACGACGCCAUCCGCGCCGCCUUCAAAGAGCACCUGUCCCGACUGGACCCGGAGCACAGCCUCGGUAUCGACUCGGACUCAGUCAGCGGCUACCGGCUGGGCGAGCUGUGGCGCCGCCUCGACGAGCCGGCGCCGCCGCCCGAGCUGUUGCCCUGGGGCUACACGGUGGGCGACGUGCACCAGGCCGAGCUGCGGCUGCGCGGCCACCCGGCCGGCUCCGUGGACGCCUUCGUCUUCGAGACGCUCAUACCGAAGCCGAUCGUGCACAGGUACGUGUCGAUGCUGGUGGAGCACCGCAGGGUGAUUCUGUGCGGCCAGAGCGGCACCGGGAAGACGUACCUGGCGCACCGGCUGGCCGAGUACCUGGUGCGCCGCAGCGGCCGACAACCGUCGCCGCAGGCGGUGGUGACGCUCACCGUGGAGCCGGGCGGCGGCCGCGAGCUGCACCAGUACCUGGCGCACCUGUCGGAGCGCUGCCGGCAGCCGGACGCGGCGCUGCCGCACUGCCUCAUCCUGGACAACCUGCACCACGUCCAGGCGCUGGCCGACGUGUUCAACGGCUUCCUGAGCACGGCUCACACCGACCCGCGCUGCCCGUACAUCAUCGGCACGCUGAGCCAGCCGGCCGGCGCGUCCACACAGCUGCAGCUGCACCACAACUUCCGCUGGGUGUUGUGCGCCAACCACGUGGAGCCGGUGCGCGGCUUCCUGGGCCGGUUCUUGCGGCGCCGGCUGCUGGCCGCCGAGCUGGCCGCCGGAGCGCACCAGCCGCAGCUGCGGGCCGUGUUCGAGUGGGUGCCGCGCGUCUGGCACCAGCUCAACAAGUUCCUGGAGACGCACAGCUCUGCCGACGUCACCAUGGGUCCGCGGCUGCUGCUCAACUGUCCCACGGACCUCACCGCCUCUCAAGUGUGGUUCCAAGGCGUGUGGAACUACUCGAUCGUACCCUACCUGGUGGAGACGGUGCGUGACGGUCUACUGAUCUACGGCCGUCGCGCCAGCUGGCACGACCCCACCCAGUUCGUACUGGACACGUACCCGUGGCCGCGCGCCGCGGCGCAUGCCGGCGCCGACUCUCUGACCCGAGUGCGGCCGGAGGACGUGGGCUACGGGACGGCGGCGGCGGCGGCGGCGGCGGCGGCGGCCAGCGCGGAGCCGGCCGACGUCGAGCGGCGGCCGCUCGCCGACACCGACCCACUGCUGAGCAUGCUGCGCAGCCUGCAGGAGGCGGCCGGCUACAGCGCGCACAGCGGCCGGCCCAGCAGCGCUGCCACCACGCCCGAGCGGCCGCCAGAGCCGCCGGCCGGCCGGCGCGCCGCCGGCCAGGCCACACUCUGAGCUCUAGGCUAGUCACCCCACACCUCGCCGACUUGGUUUCCCCUACUAUGUAUGUGUGCUUUUGACAUGGAGGUGACCAGUGUAGUGGUGGUUGGUGGAGACCUGUGUCUGCGUGCGGACAGCCGUGUAACAAACUGUCUAUAUAGCGAUGUGGGUACGACCCGUGCGUAGUUGAAACCAAAAAUACAGGGACGGGCUGAGGGCGCAGCGGCGCAGCCAGCGUGGCGUGGCGGAGCAUUUAUGAAGGUACGACCGUGUUUUCUUUUUACGUUGACUUUUGCAUGUCGCGGAUGGAGGUUGACGCUACUCGGGGGGGGGGGGGGCGGGCAGUUUUAUAUAUUGCUCCCCAGGGUGUGCUUUAGAGUUUGUUGUGGGGGCACUUUUAUACAUGGUUCUUCAUUGUGCUCUGGUGUGCUCUAUUAUCUAUAGAGUGUGCUCCGCUGGGGCUCCAUUGUGGUGUGUCGAUGGGAGGGCUGUGAUGAGGCGGCCUCGAAAAUGAAUCGAAAAUCAUCGUAAGCGGGGUAGUUUUGUCUCAAGCAUGAGUAACGAUCUGCUUUUGUAAUUGGACCGUUGAGUGAA